AUGUGUCGCACGGCCACGCCGCUGGCCUCCGUUUUCAGUUUGCAAUUCGCCAUGCUUCAGUCCCGCCUCAAGCGCCGCUUCGUCGAGACGCCCUUCUCGCUCGACGACGACGCCGGUCUCCACUCGCUCCUCGCCGCGUGCUGCCUCAGCGCGCAGCGCGCCGACAUUGUCGCCACCGAGCGCGCGGUCGUCGAGAAGCAGCUCGUGGCCUUCCUCGCCGGCUGCAAGCCGCACGCGCCGGCCAUCGUGCGCCAGAAGCUGCCCGUCCUCGCCCGGAAGCUCGAGUCGAUCCUCUUCCAAGCCGCGACGACGCGCGAAGAGUACCUCGACAGCUCGACGCUCAUGCACCGCCUGAGCGCGAUCCGGCAGGUGCGCCAGGCCAAGCGCCGGCGCGUCCUCGCCUGCUAG